CUCUCUCUCUCUCUCUCUCUCUUUGCCCGAACCUCAAAGCAUCUCCCUGGCCUCUUCGAAACCGACGAUCUCUCUCUCUCUCUCUACGAUCUAGGGUUUCUCCGGAUUAAAAUUAAUCGAAAUUAUCGAUCAAUUUCGAUUAAGAGGAGCUUAAUUUUGUUACAGGAGGUUGUUAAUGGAGAAUCCCGGGCCUCCUUCGGAGCCGGAGGGUAACCCGGAGCUGGAAUCUCGAGAUCGGGAGGUAUCAGAUCAAAAUGAGAGUACUGGAAGGGAAAGUAAUCCCCGCACGCAUCAUUCGCGACGGCCACAUCUUUCCUCUAUACAAAUACCAGCUCGAACAAUUGAGAACCCAAUACCUUCUUCAACGCGAAUAACCAUAUCCCCCAGCCCUAGCUCGACAAGAGCAGGGCUUCCCCCAAGGCCUAGUUCAACGAGAACGAAGUCAUCUAUCAGAAAUCUAUUUCCACAACGGAGUAUUAGGGCAAAGAGUUCGAGCCUGGAAGGCGAUAGAACAAUCCUCCUGAUUCCGGGGACUCCCCUUUCGGAAGGGCAGCAGGAAAAGCCCUCGACAUCAAGGUCGUUUUCCUUCACCAAGGUUUUCAACUCUGUGUCAGUGAAAACAGCACACUCCUUACCGGUCACUCCAGUCGCGAAUUCAGGCCCUGCUUCUUCUCAGGAAAGGCAUGCAGUUGACCUGCCUAAUACUAUGGAUAAGAAAGAAAUCCAAACACAAAUCAGGCGCUCAUUCUCAGUACCAGGAAAUGCCAAAGGCAGGAGUUUACGGAGGAUGGAUUCAUUAGGUCUGAUUCGUGUAAUACCAGCAACCCCUCGUCCUGUUGCUGUUGACAAUGCUACUGAGAGUGAUGCUAUAGAGAUAGUUGAUGCACAGACAGAAGAUGGUGGUGAAGAUAUUCCAGAAGAAGAGGCGGUUUGCAGGAUUUGUUUGGUUGAGCUAGCGGAAGGCGGUGAAACUCUUAAAAUGGAAUGUAGUUGCAAAGGAGAGCUCGCUCUUGCGCACCAAGAAUGUGCAAUCAAGUGGUUUAGUAUUAAAGGGAACAAGACGUGUGAUGUAUGUAAACAAGAUGUUCGUAACUUACCCGUAACAUUACUGAGGAUACAAAAUCCUCCCAGUAGGCGGCCGCCAAAUGCUUUGCAGCAAAGGGAAGCUGCACAAUACAGAGUCUGGCAGGAUGUUCCAAUUUUGGUCAUGGUCAGCAUGCUUGCCUAUUUCUGCUUCUUGGAACAACUUUUGGUUACCAUUAUGGGGUCGCGUGCUCUCGCAAUUUCGCUGCCUUUUUCUUGUGUUUUGGGUCUUCUCUCAUCCAUGAUAGCUUCCACAAUGGUGAGCAAGACUUACAUCUGGGCUUAUGCUACCUUCCAGUUUGCUCUCGUAAUCCUUUUCGCGCAUAUCUUCUAUAAUGUGCUAAAGGUGUCUGCUGUUCUGGCAGUAUUACUUUCCUCAUUUACGGGUUUCGGAAUUGCUAUCAGUACAAAUUCUUUGCUUGUGGAGUAUUUGAGGUGGAGAUAUAGACGAAAUCAGAGACUGGAGCAAAUAAAUAAUUAUGGCAGCCAGCCCCAACAAUCUGGAAAUAAUGCUGAAACGGAAAAUACCAAUUAUAAUAAUAGGCAGCAAGAGGGGAGACAGAUUGAAUCAACAGAUGCUCUACAGCAUGGAUGAAGAUGAAUGUUCCUCAAUUUUUCCUUCAGUGUCAGAUCCUACAAGCUACAAAGAAGACAAGACAGUAAAGAGCAUGCACGGUCAAGAAGCAGAUUUGAGCUGCAAACAAGAGCACAUUCGAUGAUUACGGCAUGCAAUUAAAUUGCAAUUAGAUUUGUGAGAAACACGAUAUACAUUAGCAUUGAUUUUGUGAAGCAGUCAAAUGUUAAAGAUGAGAAGAGUGAAUGUGUGUGUGUGAUCUCAGGGAGACUAAAUGUCUCUAUGUAAGCUAUACAUGUGUGUGAUUUCUAGGAGAUUAUGUAAGCUAUACAAGUUACAAAUACGGUUGUUAUGUACAUGAGAUACAUUAUGGAUACGAUGUUUUUGAAAUCACAGUAGUGAAAGUUUGGAAUGAAAUUUGCUAUAUUUAUGGUGAA